AUGAGGUGGGGUGGUCUGCAUGGUCGCCUCUGCCUCGCAGAUGGUGCCUUGGCCGUGGAGGACGGCGAUGCGGGCGAGCUGCCAUCCCGGGCGGCUCCACCACUCCAGGAUUACUUGGACGAGCUCUUGAUGCCAGCUGCGGAUGCUGAGGACGAGGAGGAAGCGCAAGCAAAGGAAGCCAGCCGACUUGCUCUCGAGAACGCACCCUCUGCAUCUGCGGCGGAGACGUCGGCCAUUGUGCUCUAUCAGACUCCUGCGCCAAAGCCGUGGAGUUUCUGCACAUUGACGGAUCAUUUUUCUGCUGCAGAGGUUGACCAGUCGGAGGUGAGAAAGAUGUUUGCCAUCGAGGACAGCAAGCCCAACCAUCGCUUGUAUACGGAGGAAAUGCAAGUGAUUUCCCAAGUCGCCAUCGGAAACUAUCUCCUGCGCCAGCAGCAGGGUAUGGAGGUGGUGCAGAAGGCCAAGGAAGAUGAAGCGAUUCGGAAGAGGCGCGUCACCGAAGGAUCCAAGGAACAGCUUCCGGGCACGAAGCAACCACUGGCCGUCAGCCAGGCAUGGCAAGAUCACCUCGGCAAGGGCAAAGAGGCCCAGGAUGAUCCGCCAAAGCCUCGCCAGAGGAGGACCCUCUUACCCGGCAGCCUGUCAGGCGCAUCAUCGUCUUCCAGCUCGCAGCAGCCAGCGCAGAAAGGUGCGCAGCAAGGCCUUCCGUCCAGCGGCCGGCCACUCCUCAAAGAGAAGCUUCCGGGAAGACAAGGAGCCAGCUCGAAGGCCAUGGACCCCAAGUAUGUGGACGCCUUCGACUUCGAGCCGACCUUUCGCAUGCCUGAGAUGCCACUUUCUAGACGGGCCUACCGACCAAGCACUUUCGACCAAGCUAGCGAUGCUGAUAGGAGUCCUCCUGAGCCCGUGACACCCAAGCCAGGAGCUGGGCAAAGGGCUGGUCAGGCGCAGCGCAAGCGCGGGGUUCAGACUCUCUUCGUCAUUAUGGCUCUCCUCAUGGUGUUGGCUGGUUUGGGACUCGUGGUGGCGGAGCCUUCAGGAGUUGUCAACUCCACCCUGCGUGGCAAUGAGCCCCGCCACUUGGCUUCUUGCGGCGUGGCUGGGGCUGUCGACUGUGGUGUCUGCAAGUGCACCGACCGGAUCGCCUGCCAGUGGUGCGACGGCAACGGGGGACCCGCGAGCAUCGGCAGCAGCGGCCCCAGCAACAGCCCGGCACCGGCCAGCACCCACGCCUCCGGUUCCUGUCCAUCAAACCUGGUGAGCUGUGGCGUCUGCACCUGCACCACCCGGAGUGUUUGCCAGUACUGCGAUGGCUACGGUGGCCCCGCCAGGAUCAGCGUCAGCGCAAGCCAUCGCAUUUGCGGGCCCUUGGCCGCGCUUCUGGCCAUUCCAUUGGCCAUCUCUCUUCGAAAGUAG